GAAAAAGAAAAAGUAAAGAAAAAAUAUCACAGAGAGAGAGUGAGUGAGUGAGAGAGAGAGAGAGAGAGAGAGCGCUGUGAAGAGAAUGAAUGGAAGCUUGCAGAGGAGUAAAGCAGCAAAAUCUGAGGUCGCUCGUGCUCUCCAUUCACUUUUAUCUCCAGAACAGUCCAAUCUAGAGAGAGAGAGAGAGAGAGAGAGAGAGAGAGAGGUAAGGUGCAGUUCUACGGUUUUGAUUUCUCACCAUUCGGUCCAACCGAUCUCUGCGUUUCCGAUCUACCCGACACUCCACUGGGCCGAAGUUAGAUCCGAAGACUCUGAUUCCACGCUUCCUCGCUGUAAUUUGAGAUCCUAAUCGUAUUUGACGAGCUUUGGAGUAUGUUUUGCAGUCAUUUAACUUCGUUGACGGGUUGACUGAUACGUGGAUAGAGGAGUUAGUUGUCAUGGCUUUACAUUCUUACCAGUAGUGGAAUUUCUGCUAUUUAUGACAUGAUUCAAUGCUUCUGCCUUCAGUUCCGAAGAUUGGUGUUUGAGUCAAUUUAGGAACAAGAUGCACUUAAAGUGGACUUGUUUUUUGGAAUUGAAGUGAAGUUGAUUAGAGACAAUGACGCUCAUAGCAACGGGGAGCUGAGCUCGGUUCUGGUUACUGAAAGUUAAUUGAAUCUUGCGAUGGAGUUAAUGAUCCCUGGAUGUGGCAGUGCAUGGAGAUUAUGCAUUAGGUCUUGAUUUUAAGAGGGAUCAGGGAUGCUGAGUUGUCUAUGCUGUAAACUGUAUCUUGAUUCCGUCUCCUAUUUCUUCACGAGCUGCUAAUUUGGCUAAAGUUGAAUGGAAAGUUCAUAGUGGUUAUUCCACCGUGAAAUAGGGAGGUAUAGAUGCCGCCUUCUCCAGCAAUGAGGGCUUCCCCUGGGAGGGAGCUCAGGGGGAACAAUCACAAAAGACGUCACAGUCUUGAGGGUGGAAUACUCCUCAGGGGGAAAGAAGACGAUCUUGCUCUGUUCCAUGAUAUGCAGACUAGAGAAAGGGACAAUUUCUUGCUUCAGUCAAAUGAAGAAUUUGAAGAUACAUUCUCAACAAAGUUGAGAUACUUCUCAGAUUAUAAGCUUGGAAUUUCCAUUCCAUCACGAGGUGAGAGUAGCGACUUGCUUAAUGUGGAUGGGGAGAAGAAUGACUAUGAUUGGUUAUUAACUCCUCCUGAUACCCCUCUCUUCCGUUAUUUGGAUGAUGAGACACCUCCAAUUACUCUUGCACAGAGGGGAAGACCACGAAGUCAACCUGUUACAAUCUCACGUUCGUUGACGAUGGAGAAGAGUCAUAGAAGUAGUAGAGGUAGUGCAAGUCCAAAUCGCCUAAGCCCAUCUCCUCGAUCUGGGAAUAGCAGUUUCCAGACGCGGGGAAGCCCAUCUCCUCGAUCUGGGAAUAGCAGUUUCCAGACGCGGGGAAGGCCAUCUUCAUCAUCUCAUUCUAGUCCAACUCCUAGUUUACACCACACUACCUCAUCUCGGAGACCCUCUCCACCACCAAGUAAACCGUCGACUCCGGCCCCAAGAUCUUCAACGCCAACUCCACGGCAGAUGAGCACAGGGUCUAGUGGUACUGUGUCCACAUCUGGGCGUAGAGGUACCUCCCCUGUGAAGACAAGUCGAGGAAACUCAGCAUCUCCAAAAAUGAGGGCAUGGCAAAUGAACAUUCCGGGUUUUUCCUUGGAUGCACCUCCUAAUCUACGUACUUCAUUGGCUGACAGACCAACAUCAUAUGUUAGGGGGUCCUCUCCAGCAUCCAGAAAUGGUAAGGAUUCAUUUUCAAGAUCCGGAAGACAGUCAAUGUCUCCAACCGCUUCCAGAAGUGUCGGUUCAUCUCACAGUCAUGAUCGGGAGCGAUUAAGCUCUCAUAGUAAAGGUUCUGUUGCAUCAUCUGGUGAUGAUGAUGUUGACUCUCUACAAUCCAUUCCUAUGAGUAGCUCAGACCAUGCAGCUUCAAGAAGAGUUGGUCAAUUUCAAUCUAAUAGAGGUCCAACUUUUUCGAAGAAGACAACUAGAUCAAUGCUCUCAAGUUCUGCUCCGAAAAGAUCUUUUGACACAGCACUUAGACAAAUGGAAAAUCGGAAAGGUCCUCAAAACAUGUUCAGGCCACUCUUAUCCAGUGUGCCCAGUUCCAGCUUUUAUGUUGGAAAAGCAAGUUCUGUGCAGCGGCCUAUGGUAUCUAGGAACUCCUCAGUCACAACUAGUAGCAAUGCAAGUUCUGAUCUGGGUACAAGUGGUCCCCAUGAUACUGAAGAAAGUGACCGGAACCUGUAUGAUAUGGCUAAUGAAUGUGUAAAGGCACCAUAUCCUGAUGUUGAGGAUGAUGUAUUUGCCUUUGAGAAGGCAGAUACUGUAAAUGAAGACAUCAGUCAUGAUAGCCACAAUGGAUCAUGUAAUGUUCAGCGCGAUUAUUUUAGUGGUGGUGCUGGAGUUGAUUGUCAGCUCAGUGACACUGAAAAUUUUGACAACAGUAGCAAUGCUAUAGCAAUCACUACUCACUCUGAAUGUGUGGACGUCAAGGGUAAUUCUCCAGAAGUUGAUAAGGUCGAAGGUAUGGUACUCUGUUCUAGAUGUGGCUGUAGGUAUUGUCCAAUUGAAUUAAUAGAGGGAGACUUGAAAAUUUGUCCAGACUGCAGGAGGUCAUUUGAACCUUUGACUUCCACUUCUCCAGUGCCAACUGUAGCGGUUCCAAAGAACUCCCCAAGUUUGUCUGCCAAUGUUCCCGAUGAACAUAUAUCAUUUGAUGCAAUGGACCCUUUGAUUGCUCUGCCUGAAUCUUCAGAAGGGGCUGAUAUGGCUGAAGCAAUGGCUUCUCAAGAUGAGGAUGAUGUUCAGGAUGACCAGACUUCCUAUCUUGGGAAAAACCUGAAUUUAUUACCAGAAAAUUCUCUUGUACAGACACUGGAGGAGGAAGAUAUGCAGAGCACAGUGAACCAGCAACUGAUAGACCAACCAACUUUAAGCUAUAAUCCUUCUCAUGGUGACGCUGCGGCUCACCAAAGUCGACACUCAAGUCAAUAUCAAAAUUCAAAGCUUGAUGUUUCAGAUGGCACUGGCAUUUCUGUAGUGCUAAAAAGGUCAAGCAGCAGCAAAGGGCCUGUUGUACAGAGCAGGAGUUUUAGUGCCACUAACAUUCCUUAUAAUGAUCCAUCUUAUGUGCGAGAUGGUGCAACUAGCAUGAGAAGCUCCCUUGGACAAGGCAGCUCCUCGACAUCAUCCUCUUUGGACUUUGGCUCAGUUAGGCAAAUGGAGACCCGUAUGCAGCGGCAAUUAAGUGGCAGGAAAUCUGACAUGGAAACUUACAGGCAUGAUAUAAACACAAAGCACCAGCGCACAGGUUCAUCAUUUUCUGGAACUUCAGGUCAUGCUGUCCAAGGUUUAGGUCUUGCAAUGAGCACGAAUGAGGAAACUAUGGAGGUUGCUGUCAAUGUUGACAACAAGGUUUUAGGUGUAACAAAUGUGGCCACACCUGAAAUGUUGCUGGUUACAGAAAAUGCAGGUUUGGAUGAUGCAUACACUGGAGUUGAAUGUGAUAAUCACUAUGAACCAGUGGUUGCUUCUGCUUCAGAAUUGUCAACACAUACUCUUGUCCAUUCAGGAGGUAGUUCAGUUGCUCCUUUGUUGAAUAUUGAAGAGUCUUCUUCAUAUGGAUACGGUGAAGCUGUUCAGAAUGACCAGAGAAUUAUUUCAGAUCAAGAACCAUCAGUGUUGAUAAAAGAGCCUUCUGAUGUAGAGGAAGAUAUAUUGCUGAAUUCUGUUGUAGAUAGGGUAGAUGUUGCUGAUAUUCCCACUCUGAGCUCAUUGGAUAAAAUAUCAGAGAUAGAUAUUGAAAAUAGUUGUCUGGGUUCACCAGGUUCUCAGUCUGAUGUUGUUUCCAGCAAUUCAAAGAGCACCUUGGAUGACUUUCUGGAGCAUUCUGUUGUCAUCACAUGUGACAAUGAUAUGGCAGAUUCAGUCGCAGAGGCUGACACGUUGGAUAACACACAUGGCAUCCUUGAGGAAUCAACUGUCACAGUUGAGAGCCAUGCUGGCACAAAGGCAAGGAGCCUGACGCUGGAAGAAGCGACAGACGCAAUACUCUUCUGCAGCUCUAUCAUUCACAAUCUGGCCUACAAGGCCGCAACCAUAGCAAUGGAAAAGGAAAACUCAGUCCCAUUGGAGUUGGAGGGCUCCCGGCCAAUGGUCACCAUAUUGGGGAAUUCUAAUUCUGAUGUAAAGGGUCCACAUCGCAGAACUGCUGGCAGACGUGCUUCUAAGUCCCAAAAAUUGAGGCAGACUCCAGCAAAAGCAGACACAAAACCUUCCCCUGAUGACCCUGACGGUGACGAGAACGUGAACGUGCCCACCACCCGAAUAGUCGGAGUUUCCAAUAAGAGCGAUGGUAUGAAGCCUCCGAAGCUAGAAUCCAAAUGCAAUUGUACGAUAAUGUGAAAGUCUCCCGCUCAAAACCACGAGCAUGCUGGGUUUUCUAUCAUCUCUUGCUUCUUCGUCCAAUCCAAUUCACCUCGGCGAGCGGAGUAUGUUAGUCUCUCUGUUUUUUUUUUUUUUUCUGUUCUCUUUUGGUUAAUUUUGUUAUUAUUUAUUAUCAUAUAAUAUAUAUGGGGUGGGAGGGGCUGUUUCGAUGCUUGCCAAUUGGUUUUUGAAUGUUACAAAUUUAUUUGUAAGAAAGCACAAAUGUCCUAUUGAUUACACGGUACGUAGUUGUAAAGUUCUAAUUUUUAUUUA